GAAAAUUUAGAAAGUAUGUCAGAGUCGGCAACAAUAGAUGUCAAUGGUCCUUCUGCAGAUGUCUCCUACACAGACUCACCCUCCUGUUUAGAAGCCAGCUCCAUCGCGGCAGACUUGCCUCAGAAUGAAACAAAGAAUGUAAAAUGGGGAAAUGAGUCUGCACACACACUCUCUGAAGAUAUUUAUAGCACACAAGACAGUUUGUUAGGCGAUAUCAACCUUGGUAAUUAUGCAGAGAGUAUACAGAAUCAACCAGCUAACACUAGACUUUCUUCCUUGAGACAAUUUGAACCCACUUGCAAAUUUCACUGGAUAGAAGCAUUUAAUGAUGACAUGACAUUUCAAGACCUGAGGGAGGCCUCUUCUGACUCUGAGAGGCUUGAACUGCAAAGCCAGACAUACAAUGAUACAGCAGACAUCAGCGAAAAGUCAGACCCACUUCAGGAAGACAGUCCAAAGGAAACUAGCAUUUUCAACAAUAAAGAUCAACUUGUUCGUGAGCAUGUCAGGACAUCUCCUAGAAGUCUGUCUCUAAACUACUACAGAGGAGAGACACAGGCGUUGGUGGAAAAGUCAUUGGUGAGAAGUGCUAUUGUAGAUGUCGCCUUCAACAUGAGUCAUCCUCAAAGCUUUCUGGGUAAAGAAAAUGUCUGCAGCAGUGGUGAAAAUGCAUUUGAUAAAGAGAACGGCUCAGAUCUCCUCCACUGGAAAGCUGAUGAUAAUGCAGAGGAGCCUGAAGUUUCUUCAAAAGAAAUACAGAAUUCUGGGGAGAUUUCUGAGAUGUCCGUUAGUCACCAGGAGGAAGUCCCAGAAGACGGUAUAGACACCGUAGCCAUUACCUCCCCUUGGUCUCCCCACGGCCUCUUCAAGAGUAGACCUCAGGGCAACUACAUGAUGCCUGAUGGGGAGCUAGGCUUUGAAAGCUUGGAGCCUCUGGAAGAGGACAUGGCUUUAAACGAAGCCUUACAGAAGUUAAAACAGAGUAACAAAAAACAAGAAAUGCAGAUCCAAGACCUCCGUGGUAGGAAUUUGCACCUAGAAAACAGAGUCAAAGAACUACAGACAAAGGCCACCAAACAGCAAGUGUUGGUAGACAUCAUCAAUAAGCUAAAGGAGAACAUCGAAGAGUUAAUUGAUGACAAAUACAACGUGAUCCUAGAGAAGAAUGACAUCAGCAAGAAAUUUCAGGAUCUGCAAGAGGCGUCGGCUAACACCAAAAAGCACCUUCAGGAAUCCAAGAAAGACAAGGAGACCCUACAGCUCCAGGUUAAAAAGAUCAAGGUCCAUUUCGUUCGUUUACAGGAAAGGUACAUUGCUGAGAUACAGCAGAAAAAUAGAUUGGUCAGUCAGUGCCUGGAGAUAGAGAAGACCUUAAGCAAGAAAGACGAAGAGCUACAGAGGCUGCAGCGACACAAAGGAGAGCUGGAGAAAGCCACCAGUUCUGCUUUGGACUUGUUGAAGAGGGAGAAGGAGAUCCGCGAGCAAGAGUUCUUGUCUUUUCAGGAGGAGUCCCAGAGGCGGGAAAAGGAAAACCUAAAAGAAAGACGGAAAUUGAAGUCAAGAGUUGAGAAGCUGGCCACUCAAGUGAAGAGCUUACUGCUCACCUGUGAGAGUGAGAGGGCAAAAACCGCAAAGCUCCAGCAGCAGGUAGACGAGCUGAAGCAGGAGAGCGCAGAGCUCCAGCAGCAGGCUGCAGAGGGGGAGGCACAAACUUGCACCCCUAACUAUGAGAUAAUUCAGUCAAAGGAGCAGGUGGAGGAAGUGAUGGAGCCAGAUGUCACUCAGGACACAAAGGGGACACAUUCUAGUUUGUUCCUGAAUUGCUCAUCCUGUAAAGAAAACCUGGAACUCCAACCUAUGAAGAGAGCGUCUCCACUGGCCUCUAGAAUUCACAGUCUUUUGGCCCUGACGAUAGGACUUCUCACAUAUCAGUUACUGAAACAUAAAAACAGAAUUGCAACUCUUAAAGAGUUAAUUGCUAAUGAAAAAGCACUUCAAGAUCACACCAUUGAGGUCACAGAUUUUGAUGCAGAAGAAGCCAGGAAUGCCAGAGAUGCACCUGUGUUAUUGGCAGACAAACUGGAUAAAUACCACAAUCUAAAUGAGGAGCUUGAUUUCUUGAUCACAAAGCUGGGAGGCCUUCUGGAAAGCAAAGAGGACCACUACAGCAGACUUAUUGAGGAGAACGACAAGUACCGGAGGCAUGUAGGCAGCCUAAUAAAUAAGGUAACAUCAUAUGAAGAAAUUAUCAAAUGUGCUGACCAAAGACUUGAGAUAUCUCAUUCUCAGAUUGCACAUUUGGAAGAGAGAAAUAGACAUUUGGAAGAUUUAAUUAGAAUGCCCAGAGAGAAAGGCAGAAGACCAAGACCAAGAUUAGAAAAUCACCCAAAGUCCAUGACCUUGGUAGGGCAUCUUGAUGGCCACUAUAGAGAAUGCUCUAUCUCCAUGUGAACUGACAGCAAUACAUGAUUAAAUAUUCAGUCCUGAA